AAAAUUGAUGUAUGAAGCAAAACCAUUGAAACACCUAAGUUCUAUGAAUUUGAAUAUUUGAAUAUUUUUACAAAUUUGAUUUUUUUAAAUAUAUUUGGAAAACGGGGAAGUAGUAAGUAUUAUAACAACGAUGAUGAUGAUGAUUAUCAUCUGAUGACUUGGCACAUGCUGCGAGGAAGUGGAUUGCGAUUGGCUUCAAAAUAGUAGUCUCUGCCCAUUUCCAAUAAAACAAGAAAGAUAGAAGCAAUUCUCUGCAAAUAAUGGCAACCUGCUUGAGAAGAUGUGGAAGAAGACUGGCUGUUUCAAUUUCUAACCACAGGGAACUCUCUACAGCUUGUGAAGGUAAGCUUGUUCAACAACAACAACAACGACAGCAAGAACAAAAUGCAAAUUCGUUGAACCUCUGCUCUGCUAUCAACCAAGCUCUCCAUCUUGCCUUGGAGUCUGAUCCUCGUUCUUACGUCUUUGGAGAGGAUGUGCGCUUUGGUGGAGUAUUCCGUUGCACAACAGGACUAGUUGAACGAUUUGGUAAAAAUCGAGUUUUUAAUACUCCUCUUUGUGAACAGGGCAUUGUUGGAUUUGCCAUUGGUCUGGCAGCAAUGGACAAUAGAGCCAUAGCAGAAAUUCAAUUUGCAGAUUAUAUCUUUCCAGCUUUUGAUCAGAUUGUUAAUGAAGCUGCAAAGUUUAGAUACCGAAGUGGAAAUCAAUAUAAUUGUGGAGGUUUAACCAUAAGAGCGCCAUAUGGAGCAGUAGGUCAUGGUGGACAUUAUCACUCACAAUCUCCAGAAGCUUUCUUUUGCCAUGUUCCUGGUAUCAAAGUGGUUAUCCCUCGAAGCCCACAGCAAGCAAAAGGAUUAUUGUUGUCAUGCAUACGAGAUCCAAACCCUGUUGUCUUUUUUGAACCAAAAUGGCUUUAUCGCUUGGCAGUAGAAGAGGUUCCUGAGCAUGAUUAUAUGUUGCCAUUGUCAGAGGCAGAGGUGAUCCGAGAAGGUAGUGACAUAACUCUUGUUGGCUGGGGAGCACAGCUGUCUGUCAUGGAGCAGGCUUGUAGUGAUGCCGAGAAGGAUGGAAUUUCUUGUGAAUUGAUAGACCUCAAAACUUUAAUACCAUGGGAUAAAGAAACUGUGGAGGCUUCAGUCAGAAAGACUGGGAGGCUUCUUAUCAGUCAUGAAGCUCCAGUCACUGGAGGUUUUGGUGCUGAAAUCUCUGCGUCUAUUGUUGAACGUUGCUUCUUAAGGUUAGAAGCCCCUGUAGCGAGAAUUUGCGGUCUGGAUACGCCUUUCCCUCUUGUUUUUGAGCCAUUCUAUAUGCCCACCAAGAACAAGAUACUGGAUGCAAUCAAAUCAACUGUAAAUUACUAGCAUUCAAGCAACUGUUGCCUAACUGCAAUAUUUAACUGCCAUCAUCUGGGAUCAACUUGUUUUUCUGGAUUAAUACAUAAGAUGGGAAGUGCCUUUAAAUGUUAAAAUAAGUAGGCCUUCUAUGCAAAUCUGUAUAAGAAAUUGGACAUUGGAAAUUGGAUAAUUUGGUAUACAAUCUUUAUUUAUUGUUACUGCAUAAUGGUAUUUAUAUUUUAUUUGGUUCU